CAUUCGAACGGGAAUGACGUCGCGACCAGUCGGACCUCGAAAACCCCGAUGGCCCUUUAUAGGGUUUGAAGCCCGGACAAUAAACAGAGGAGGCUUCAGCUGGGGAACUUGGAGGAUCUGGUUCAACCCUCUGGACAUGGCGCCUUGAAGGAAGAGCCGUUGUUGCACCAGGUAUUUGCUUCUGUUUUGCUCGCAUUUGAAGGGAAAGAGGAAAAAGUAAAAGAAGUAUUAGUGUUUCCAGUCGCAUGCUGGUUCGAGCUGAGGUUUUGCAACAAUUUAGAGAUGCCAGGAAUAGGCGAGGUACUGGCUCUGCCAGCGCCUCCCGAGGGCGGGCUGGGAGUGUUGCCGGAGGCACAGCUACCUGCUGAUGUCAAUAUGAAAGAAGCGCCAGUGGCGCACAAGGCGCCGCAGAUGGUAGCUACGCAGACGAAGACGAUUGGUAUGAUCCACCCUCCUCCCGAUAUUCGUAGUAUUGUGGACAAGACGGCGCAGUUCGUUGCCAAGAACGGCCCUGAAUUUGAGAAGAGAAUUCUUGCGAACGAGAAGAACAAUGUGAAGUUUAAUUUUUUGAAUGCUCUGGAUCCAUAUCAUGCAUAUUAUCAGCAUAGAGUUUCGGAAUUUAAGGCGCAGCUCGCUGCACCUGCCGUUGCUGGGCCGAUGAAUGUGUCGGUGAAUGAAGAAGCUGAAGCCAAACCUCCACAGGAACAAGCAGAUGUUGAUGCAAUAAAAGUGGGUGCCGUUAAACCCCCUGGGAAAGUAUUGGAGCCUCCGGAACCAGAUGCGUAUACAGUGCAUGUGCCUGAACUGGCUACAACCUUAGAUGUGGAUAUUAUUAAGUUAACAGCCCAGUAUGUCGCACGAAAUGGGAAAAGUUUUCUCACAGGGUUGACGAGCAGGGAGCAUUCGAAUCCCCAGUUUUACUUUUUGAAGCCUACUCACAGCAUGUUCACUUUCUUCACGGCGUUGGCCGAUGCUUAUUCGAAGGUUUUGGUGCCUCCGAAGGGCCUGGUGGACAAGCUGAGAAAGGACGUGGGGAGUAAAACGGGUAUUUUAGAGCGUUGUUUGAAUAGGUUGGAAUGGGAGAGAUCUCAGGCUGCAGCGCGGCAGAAAGCGGAAGAUGAAAUUGAGCAAGAGAGGAUGCAAAUGGCUUUGAUAGAUUGGCAUGACUUUGUGGUUGUGGAGACAAUCGAAUUCGCUGAAGACGAAGACGGUGAAUUGCCGCAACCUAUGACUCUGGAAGAGGUAAUUGCCAGAAGCAAGUUGACGCCCGCGGAUGAGGAGGAAGUGGAGGCGACCGAAGAAGGCAAAGAAAUGGAGAUGGACAUGGACGAAGAGGAGCUGCAAUUAGUGGAGGAGGGUAUGAAAACUACGACGAUUUCAGAGGGCAAGGAUCCAGCUUAUGAUCAAGCAGAUGAGGAAGAGGACGUACCCAUGAGAAUUGUGACGAACUGGAAACGACCCGAGGAGCGGGUGGCAGCAGAGAAGGAUGUCUUGAAGGUGGUUGUGUCCCCGAUCACAGGUGAGUUGAUACCUGUGAAUGAGAUGGCGGAGCACAUGCGCAUCUCGCUUAUCGAUCCCAAGUACAAGGAACAGAAGGAGCGCAUGAUGGCGAAAUUGCGGGAGACUACACUGGCUACAGACGACGAGAUUUCACGGAAUAUUGUGGGGUUAGCACGCACUCGACCGGACAUUUUCGGGACAACUGAAGAGGAAGUAUCCAACGCGGUGAUGGCAGAGAUAGAGAUAAAAAAAGACGAGCCAAAACAAGUUAUAUGGGAUGGUCAUACGGGUAGCAUUGGUCGCACAGCUUCUCAAGCUCUGGCUCAAACGAUGACGAGCGAUGAGCAAAUAGCUGCCAUAAAUAGAGAGAAAGCCAAUCUGACUCCUGAUGGAAGACCUCUUCCUGGACCUUCUGUACCCCCCGUCCCAAGGUUAGCUCCCACACCAGCACGUCCACCUAUGCCUCCUCCAGGUCUGGCAUUAAAUAUACCUCGGCCUCCCAAUCUAGCAGGGCAGAUUUCGAGCGGAUCCCAAUCACUCCAGCCCCCUCCUCGACCAGCAAUGGUUCUUCCUGCACCUCCUGUGAGGCCUGCACCCGCUCCUCCUACUCUUCCCACCCCAGCUGUGAUGCUUGUUCGUCCUCCCCCUCCUGCUCCUCAUAUGUUGAUCCCCCCUGUAGGUUCUGCACCUAAUCAGUAUACUCCAUUGCCUCCACCACCUCCAAGGCCAUAUCUCCCACCUGUGGCAUUGCCACCCCCGCCACCUCAGUUGGGUAUGCCUCCUCCUCCCCCUGAUGAAGCUCCACCGCCACCUCCAGAAGAGCCCGAACCGAAGAGGCAAAAACUUGAUGAAAUUCUUCUUCUGCCGGAGGACCAGUUUCUUGCUCAACAUCCGGGUGCUGUACGAAUCCGUGUUUCAGUUCCAAUGGUUGAAGGCGAGUCUAAUUUCAGAGGCCAGACCUUGGAGCUGACGGUGUUAUCUUUGUCGGAAUCGAUCAAAAGUCUCAAAGAGAGAAUUGCAGGGGAGGUUCAACUGCCAGCUAACAAACAGAAGUUGAGCAGUCAAGCUGGGUUUUUAAAAGACAAUCUCUCUCUUGCUUAUUACAAUAUUGGUCCUGGAGAUAUCCUAACCCUGGGUCUCAAGGAGCGUGGUGGUAGAAGGUAAGGAAGAUGUACAUUAGUCAUACAGAUCAGCUGUCCAAGAAGCAUCCGACCUGCUUUUCUGUUUGUGUAGCAGUCCUCCAAAUAGGCACUCGUGGUAAUCCUGCACCUCCCAAGACGCCAUUUUAAAGUGGGUCGUAGUAUACAUUCAGGACAUUCUUGACUGAUAGACUAGAUGACCCGAAACAGCAAAGAUCCUUAACAAGAUCCUCAUUUGGAUAGUCAGUUGAUUCUGUGGACAAGGGUCACGUUGCUUGUUUCAGUAGGCUACAAAUCAGCAGAUGAGGCAACUAGUUGUAAACUGGUUUGUAAGGAAUUUGGUAUAGCAGGUAACUCAAGUAGGUUGCAGUGUCGUGAGCACUUCAAUGUCGGGCAUCCCAAGAACGUCAUGUUUGUUUUUGGAGUCUUCCAAAUGAUUAAUGCGGAUUUUAAAACUCAGUUGAUAAUUCGGACCACAUUUUAA